GCUGUACCUCAGGAGCCUGGACCAAAGAGAAACCAUAUUUAUUUAUUCCCUUAACAAACACUUUCUGUAUUAAGCGUCUCAUAACUAUAAGCUAUACCCUGAGCUCAUCUCAAGUGAUCCCCGGUGUACGACAUGGCUUCCGACCAGUCGAAAUACGCCAUACAUGCUGCGGCGAGGGAGGGCAAAGUCACCGUCGUCGAGUCUUUACUAAACGUAAGCUCGUGGAAUCAACCUAGUUGUCUUAAUAAGAUUCUAGUACGGAAUAUAGUAUAGCAUAGCUAAGGAGCUCAACAGGCAGACCCAAAGCUCUCCCGUCUCAAAGACGACGACGGCCGCCUUCCUAUACACUGGGCCGCAUCUGCGAACAGCAAACCCAUAGUGCUCAUGUUAGCCCAGCAGAAAGAUUUUGAACCGGAUGUUGAAGAUGCCAGCGGCUGGACCCCCCUGAUGAUCGCGGCAAGCGUAAAAGACGGCGACGCAGUAGUCGAGCUGCUCCUCUCAAGAGGCGCCGACGUAAACCAGAAGAACUACAACGGACAGGUACGGUUGCAGAGCCAAUAUAGAUAGACAGACAGACAGACAGACAGAC